AUGCUGUAUAAAAGCACAGUAAAUGAAGAAUCUGAAUCAAACACCAAAAACCACAAAAAGCUGCAUAUCAUGGACGAGUUCAGGGUUCGUAGUAUCAGCCUGCAACAGGUGCAGAAUCAGACCAGACACAAGACCGAAGGUCUGAGUUCCACCACUGUGGUUCUGCGGAGAGGACAGGCCUUCACAGUGGCUAUCAACUAUGAUGGACGACCAUUCGAUCCACUGAAGGAAAAAAUGAUCUUCAGCAUUACUUUAGGUCCGCUUUUUGUGGAUGUCCCGGUCUCCAGGCCCGGACAACCCCCUCUGACUCAAUGGACUGCCGUUGUGGUGAGAAGCUUCGCGGGCCCGACUGCCCCCCGUGCGCUAUCGGUAUCACUGUCCAGUCCUGCAUCUGCUUCUAUCGGCGUCUAUACACUCCACUUGAGAGUUGAGACCCGCCUGGGUGUGAAAGCAUACUCGGUCGGUCAUUUCACGCUCCUCUGCAACCCCUGGUCCCAAGCUGAUUCGGUGUACCUGCAGUCUGAGGAGCUGAGGACUGAAUAUGUUGAGAGUGAUAUCGGCAUGCUGUUCAUAGGAAGCUCCUGUAAUGUCGCCUCCAGACCCUGGUCGUUCGAUCAGCAUGAAAAAGGAAUACUGGACAUCUGUAUGAAAUUGCUGCAGUUGAGUCCUCAACAUCAGGCAGACAUGAUAAGAGAUCUGCUGAACCGCAGCAAUCCGGUGUACAUCAGCCGUGUGAUCUCAGCGAUG